GUUUUGCAGUUGGUAAAAUUGGAGGAAAGUCUUGAAGGGAAGAGAUCCAGCUGUGGUCCUGGGUGACUGGUGGAUGUUUUCCCAUUCAAAGGAAGGAAGGAGGUUCUCACGCUGAAGAAAUACGUAAACUGGAAGCAAUUUGUACAGCCUUUCAUAGAGCCAAAUUUCUCUUCAACAAAGAAGGCUGAAUUGUUUGUUCUGAUCAGUCCUGAGGCUAGAUUAAUUCUCCAAUGAAUGAAAAAGCAUUUGGAGAUCCUCAAGAUUCCUUCAACCUAUUUGGAAUUGUGUAAUAGGUCAGAAAAAGAAUGGAAAGCCAUUUACCAAAUGAGAGAAUUGGAAAAAGCCCUUCUAGUGCUCAGUCUGGGAGCUGUGAGGAGAUCUGGGCAAGAUCUGGGCAGAAGAUCUUGGAGGAGGAAACCAUCAUUUCACAAGUUCAGCCCUGGAACUUCAGGAGCUUCCAAUAUCAGGAGGAUGAAGGUCCCCGAGGACUUUGCAGCCGACUCCACUACUUCUGUAGUCGAUGGUUGAGACCAGAAAAGCACACAAAAGCGCAGAUGCUGGACCUGGUUGUUCUGGAGCAGUUCCUGGGCCUUCUGCCUCUGCAGAUGAAGAGCUGGGUGCGGGAGUGUGGAGCAGAGACCAGCUCCCAGGCGGUGGCCCUGGUGGAAGGCUUCCUCCUGAGCCAGGCGGCGGAGAAGAAGGAGCAGGUUGAGUUGCAGUCCUUCGCUGUGGAGAACAGAGAUCCUGAGGGAAAGAGGCAUCUAUCUGAUACCCCUUGGGAACUGUUUUCCUUGAGGACUACUCAGCAUGACACAAACCAAGAAACAUCCAGAGGGAAGAAUAGAGGGAAGCUGACUCUUCCUUAUGGUGAAGAGGAAACAAUGGCUGAACUUCCAACUCAAGAGGGUCUUGUGUCCUUUGAGGAGGUGGCUGUUUAUUUCUCUGAGGAGGAGUGGUCUCAGCUGGAUCCUCACCAAAAAGCUCUGCAUUCAGAAGUCAUGCUGGAAAAUUAUAGAAAUGUGGCUUCUCUAGGUAAUAAUGGGCAGGAGAAUAAAGAAUCAAUUGAACCAUUCCAAAAGUUCAGACUUGGGAACAGAACAGAGAAGCCUGCAAAUCAAAUGGAACAAGAAAGGCAGGAAAGAAACCUGUCAAAUAAUUGGAAUAAGGAAAGCUUAUCUUCAGCUGAUGCUCAGUUGCAAGGCUUUCUUGACCAACUAGGAAAAAUAGAGAAAAAAUAUAUUGGGAAAGGUGUAGAACUAUUCAAAGACGUAUUAGAUGUAAAUGAAUAUUAUCCAACCCAAGCCAAACCAGAAGAGUAUAUAUGCAAAGACAAUGGGAAAAAAUACAGUGGGGCUUUUACUCUUUCUAGAGAAAGAGUGACAUCUCAUAAAAGAAUACACGUAGGAGAGAAGCCAUUUAAAUACAUUGAGUGUGGUCAUCUUACUUCCCAUAAUAGAAGACAUAUAGGGGAGAAGCCAUAUAAAUGCAUGGAGUGUGGAAAGGGCUUCAGCCAACACAGUAAUCUUAUGUCCCAUGAAAGGAUCCACACAGGGGAGAAGCCAUUUAAAUGCAUGGAAUGUGGAAAGCACUUCACCCAAGGUGGUCAUCUUACUACCCAUACAAGGAUCCACACAGGGGAGAAGCCAUAUAAAUGCAUGGAGUGUGGGAAGGACUUCAGAACAAGCAGUAAACUUGCAUCUCAUCAAAUGAUCCACACAGGGGAGAAGCCAUAUAAAUGCAUGGAAUGUGGAAAGGACUUCAGAACAAGCAGUAAACUUACAUCCCAUCAAAGGAUCCACACAGGGGAGAAGUCAUAUAAAUGUAUGGAGUGUGGAAAGGGCUUUAGCCAACAGAGUAGUCUUAAUUCCCAUAAAAGGAUCCACACAGGAGAAAAGCCAUAUAAAUGCAUGGAGUGUGGAAAGACCUUUAUUUAUAGCAGUCAUCUUACUUGCCAUAAGAGAGGACAUAUAGGGGAGAAACCAUAUAGAUGCAUGGAGUGUGGAAAGGGUUUCACUCAACACAGUAAUCUUAUGUCCCAUAAAAGGAUCCACACAGGGGAGAAGCCUUUUAAAUGCAUGGAGUGUGGAAAGCACUUCACCCAACGUGAUCAUCUUACUGCCCAUACAAGGAUCCACACAGGGGAGAAGCCAUAUAAAUGCAUGGAGUGUGGAAAGGGCUUCAGAAGAAGCAGUGAUCUUACAUGCCAUCAAAGGAUCCACACAGGGGAGAAGCCAUAUAAAUGCAUGGAGUGUGGAAAGGACUUCAGAACAGGCAGUAAACUUACAACCCAUCAAAGGAGCCACACAGGGGAGAAGCCAUAUAAAUGCAUGGAGUGUGGAGAGACCUUUAGUUCCAACAGUCAUCUUAUUUCUCAUAGAAGGAUCCACACAGGGGAGAAGUCAUAUAAAUGUAUGGAGUGUGGAAAGGGCUUUAGCCAACAGAGUAGUCUUAAUUCCCAUAAAAGGAUCCACACAGGAGAAAAGCCAUAUAGAUGCAUGGAGUGUGGAAAGACCUUUACUUAUAGCAGUCAACUUGCUCCUCAUAAAAGGAUGCACACAGGGGAGAAACCAUAUAAAUGCAUGGAGUGUGGAAAGGGCUUUAGACAACACAGUCAUUUUACUUAUCAUAGAAGGAGCCACACGGGGGAGAAGCCACAUAAAUGCAUGGAGUGUGGAAAGACCUUUAGUUACAAGAGUCAUCUUACUUCCCAUAGCACGAUCCACACAGGGGAGAAGCCAUACAAAUGCAUGGAGUGUGGAAAGACCUUUCGUAGCAACGGCCAUCUUACUUCCCAUAGAAGGAUCCACAAAGGGGAACAUAUAGGGGAGAAGCCAUAUAGAUGCAUGGAGUGUGGAAAGGGCUUCAGCCAACACAGUAAUCUUAUGUCCCAUCAAAGGAUCCACACAGGGGAGAAGCCAUCUAAAUGCAUGGAGUGUGGAGAGACCUUUAGUUCCAAAAGUCAUCUUACUUCUCAUAGAAGGAUCCACACAGGGAAGAAGUCAUAUAAAUGUAUGGAGUGUGGAAAAGGGUUUAGCCAACGGAAUAAUCUAAAUUCCCAUAAAAGGAUCCACACAGGAGAAAAGCCAUAUAAAUGCAUGGAGUGUGGAAAGACCUUUACUUAUAGCAGUCAACUUGCUCCUCAUAAAAGGAUGCACACAGGGGAGAAGCCAUAUAAAUGCAUGGAGUGUGGAAAGGGCUUCAGCCAACACAGUAAUCUUUUGUCCCAUGAAAGGAUCCACACAGGGGAGAAGCCGUUUAUAUGCAUGGAGUGUGGAAAGCACUUCACCCAACGUGGUCAUCUCACUAUCCAUAGAAGGAUCCACACAGGGGAGAAGCCAUAUAAAUGCAUGGAGUGUGGAAAGGACUUCAGAACAAGCAGUAAACUUAUACCCCAUCAAAGGAUCCACACAGGGGAGAAGCCAUAUAAAUGCAUGGAGUGUGGAAAGGACUUCAGGACAAGCUGUAAACUUACAUCCCAUCAAAGGAUCCACACAGGGGAGAAGUCAUAUAAAUAUAUUAAGGGUGGAAAGUGAAAUGUUAUGUGUGGGAACACAGAGGAGGAGCCAGACUUCCAAUAGCAACAUUUAUUUAAGAUAAGGAUUCAUUAUAAAUCAACAUGCAGUUCCCUGCUGAUAGCCCCUUUUUAUAGGAAACUGUCAGCCUUCAACUAAUAACUUUAAAAUACCUCCUGCAUUUAUGCAGCAGAAGGAAAAGCCUCUGCUCGCACCUGUGUGGACAUAACACCCUUCCCCCUCCCUCGGGGAAACUUCAGACACCACAAACAUAAUCUUCCAGAUACAUUGGUCUACGGCGGCUUCAUGUCAACUGGCAGCUCUCCUGUAUUUCUGUCGGGCCCUCACACGUCGACCGCAUUCUCAACGAUUCUUCAGCUACAUCAGAUGGCUUACAAGUACUCUCUGGGGCCUCCCCCUGGGCUUUGUUGUGGUCUACCAGCAGCCUGCAGACCUGGUAGUGGAGUCGGACAGUGAGGAGGCUGGAGAGGACCAUGGGCCAGUCCUGGAGUCAGGGGAAGGCCCGGAUGAGGGCUCUACGUUAGAGGCAGAGAUGGGGCCAAGGCCAUUUGGGAGUGAUGCGUGGACUCCAGAGCCUCCAGAGUCGGAUAGCAGAGAAGCAGAGGAACAGGAGGAGCCUGUUGCUAGUGCACGCAUGUGCAGAGCUGCCAGAAGGCAAGAGCAGCUAAAGCCAAAGAGACGACUUGGGAGAUUAUUGACCCCUCCCAUAAGGCUUAAAAAAGCAGCAAAGGUUCUUGGGCUCUUUGUAGGAAAGUAACGUUGCUAAAUCUGUUUCCAGUCAGCAUCUCUUGUUUCUGAAUUUCAUGGGGCUUUGCCAAAAAAGGCCUUUGGCAGUGUGCCAAAGAAGAUAAAGGUUUGUGAUAAGCCUAAAGGAUUUUUUCUGAAGGACUUCUUUUGGAAUUAAUUUGGACUAAGUUAGGAAUGAAGUAAUUCUCAGAUGUUAUAAUAAAAUAGUUUUGUUUGGGUUUAAUUGUGUCUUGUAAUGACUAAGUGAGCCUAGGUCACAACAGGCAUAUCCCUUAGUCAGAGAUGGAGAAGAACCAAACUAGUAAUCUUACUUCCCAUAAAAACAUCCAUAGAAGGGAGAAGUUAAGUAAGUGCAUGGACUGUGGAGAGAGAGCGACAGGAGGGGGAAUGAUGUAAUUUUCCAUACAGAGAUACGUUUGGAUGAGAAUCUAUAUUAAUUCUUGAUUUAAUUAGUUAAAUCCAUAGAUUUUCUGUUCAGAAGUGAGUUUCCUGCUUUACAGUUGUUUCUUCCCACUUGAUCACAUGCAAAGUGUUUAAAAUGUCCUUCUUUUCACUAAUAAUCUUAGAAUUGUUUCCUCCUUCCUUCUCCUUCCUUAAUACAUUCUCAUUUUAUUAAACAAACAUAUGUUCUUUAUCCUCACAAAAAGUUGGAAACAAUGCACCAGAGAAAAUCAAAAUUAUAAUCCAAAGACAAUUCAAGUUUCAUCAAAGUUUAGAGUGUGAUGGAAUGUAAUACUGCGUUGUCCUGUUGAAUAAUUGUGAUAUUGAAUUAAAAGUGACAAAUAGGAA